CCAAUCACAGCUUCGUAUUCCUUUCUCUUGUCAUAGCCGCCUACCAAACCUCGGCUAACCUAAUAUCCAUUCAGGAAGCAACGGGUCUGACUAGCCUAGUUAGCCCUGGUUGCUAAAAAUCUUUAUAGUGCAAAAAUGGCGUCGGUCAACCCGUUUAAUCUCAGUGAUUCUGAGGAAGAGGCUGAACGGCGCCCCAAUGAAACAAUUGACACGGAGAGGAGCCCGAGUGACGGGGCGCCAGGGCCCCCGCCGGGAAACCCUUUCUCUCCGCCUGCGGACGCCGAGCUCCCGACGCUCCUGCUCUCUAGCAACCGGACGAGCCCCAGCGGUGAGGGCAUCCCGGUGUCGGCCGCUGUCACCUCCGCUAUGGCCGGCAGCGCCGAGGCACGGGUAUCGGUGGACGUCAUUGCUGCCCAGUUAUUACGGGACCAGUACAUCCUCACGGCCCUGGAGUUUCACACUGAACUGCUGGAGGCAGGCAGAGAGCUUCCGCGGCUGAGGGAUUAUUUUUCCAACCCUGGCAACUUCGAGCGACAGAGCGGCACUCCACCUGCUAAAGAUCAGGUACUCGGACCUGGAGGACCUCUGAAUCGAGCAGGCAGCAUCAGCACCUUGGACUCUCUAGACUUUGCCCGCUACUCGGAUGAUGGCAACAGAGAGUCAGACGAGCGAGUGGCAGUGCUGGAGUUUGAGCUACGGAAAGCAAAGGAGACCAUUCAGGCUCUGCGCGCCAACUUGACUCAGGCAGCAGAGAGCGAAGUGCCCUCUCAGGAGAGAAAAAACUUCAAGUCGAGUCCUGAAAUUCAGGAGCCUAUACGCCCACUGGAGAAAAGAGCCUUAAACUUCCUUGUGAAUGAAUAUUUAUUAAAAAACGAGUACAAACUCUCAUCCAUCACCUUCUCUGAUGAAAACGAUGAUCAGGACUUUGAGUUAUGGGAUGACGUCGGCCUCAACAUCCCGAAACCCCCUGGCCUGUUGCAGCUCUACAGGAAUUGCGGCAACACCCUCCCUUCCGCUCGAGACACGGCCGACGUGUCGGUAGGGGUUGACUUUGGAGAUCUUCCCGGAAACUGCAUCGCACAAGACACCCCAAAGAAGCCCGACCUGUUGCAACAGCAACAGACAGAAGUGGUCCAGGAGUUGGAAUACCAGAUCAGCCUCCUCAACAAUGAAAAGCAUAGCCUCGCUGAGCAGAUCAAGAAACUGCAGAGUGAGAUCCAGACUCUGAAGAGGACUGUUUCCUCCCCACCUCCAUCCUCUCUGAACCUGGGUUCCCAGAGUUCAUCUAACCCCGCCUCCUCCUCUUCCACGACUACCGCACGCUCCGCGGACCCUCUCUCCGUGCCUCCUACAGAUAACGGCCAGUAUCUGGACAUCCGAGGGGUUUCAGAGCCUGAAAGCAAGCCAGACGCCCCCUCUACACAGACCACAUCACAGCCCCACCCACAGCCCCACAAUAAGCUCAAGAGUCAGCCACCUGCCCAGUUUGACCAGCCGAACAGGAACUUAUCUCCAGCCUUCCAGCAAGCCUUGCUGUCCUUCUGCAGAAUGUGCUCCGACAGCCGCCUGGGAGCAGAGGUGUCCCGCAUAGCAGACAGCGAGGAGAGCGUGAUGCUGAUGCUGGGACGCUGCCUCCCUCACAUCGUCCCAAACGUCCUCCUGGCUAAACGAGAGAGAAUGGUUGCGCAUCUUUGCCAGGAACUGAUUCCACUCAUCUUGUGCACCGCCUGCCUACACCCAGAGCCUAAAGAGAGAGAUCAGCUCCUCCACAUCCUUUUUAAUUUAAUCAAGAGACCGGAUGAUGAGCAGAGGCAAAUGAUCUUGACGGGCUGCGUUGCGUUCGCAAAGCAUGUGGGUCCCACGCGUGUCGAGGCCGAGCUGCUUCCUCAGUGCUGGGAACAGAUAAACCACAAAUAUCCAGAGAGGAGAUUGUUGGUGGCAGAGUCCUGUGGAGCCUUAGCACCGUACCUGCCUAAGGAGAUUCGUAGCUCCCUGGUGUUGUCCAUGUUGCAGCAGAUGCUCACUGAGGAUAAGGCCGACAUGGUCAGAGAGGCUGUGGUCAAGAGCCUGGGGAUUAUCAUGGGUUACAUAGACGACCCUGACAAAUACUCCCAGGGUUUUGAGCUGAUGCUGCUGUCCCUUGCGGACCCGUCAGAGCGGGUGGUCAGCGCUGUCCACCAAGUCUUCAUCCCUGCCUUCGCUGCCUGGACCACAGAGCUGGGCUCCCUGUACACUGGACUCAUCCCCUCACUGUUGGCACGCAUAGAGAAACUACUUGCGCAGGGAGAACACGGUCUGGACGAACACAAGCUCCAUGUUUUCCUGUCGGCCCUUCAGUCUCUCAUCCCUCCUCUGUUCGCCGUGGUGCUGCAGAACGCACCCUUCACCAGCAGAGCGAAGCUCCACGGAGACAUACCUGCAAUUGAAGUGACCCGGUUCCCCCGGCCAGCUUCUCCCCUCCAGGAUGUGGCAACAAUCAUCGGCAGCAGGGAGAUGCUCAGUGCCCUGCUGCUGCUCUAUGACCACCAGCUAGAGCACGAAGGAACCACCGGCUGGGAGAGUCUACUAUGGGUGGUCAACCAGCUCCUGCCUCAGCUCAUAGAGAUCGUUGGUCGCAUCAAUGUGACGUCAUCGACCUGCGUGCACGAGUUCUCUCGCUUCUUCUGGAGGUUCUGUCGCACGUUUGGCAAGAUUUUCACCAACACUAAGGUUAAACCACAGUUCCAGGAGAUUCUCCGACUGUCUGAAGAAAAUGUCGAUGCUUCAACGGGGAAUGGUAUCCUCACCAAAGCCACAGUCCCCAUCUAUGCCACUGGAGUGUUGACAUGUUAUAACCAGGUAACGGCCACACAGGAAUACAUCUCUGAGGAGGAUCGCAAACUGCUGGUGGGUUUCCUGGAGGACGUUAUGACAACUCUCUCUCUGUCCCAUGCACCUCUGGACAGCUUGAAGGCCGCUUUUGUGGAGCUGGGGGCCAACCCGGUGUACCAUGAGCUGCUGCUGACCGUCCUGUGGUACGGGGUGGUGCAUACGUCCGCUCUCGUCCGGUGUACUGCAGCGCGGAUGUUUGAGUUGGUUCUCCGAGGCAUGAGUGAAGCAUUAGUAGAUCGCCGGGCGGCUCCAGCCCUUAUAACUCUGUGCAGUGGGCCUGAAUUCUCAGUGAGGAUAUCCACUAUUCCAGCCUUUGGUACCAUCAUGGAGACCGUCACACAGAAAGAGCUGCUGGAGCGUGUAAAAAUGCAGCUGGCCUCAUUCCUGGAAGACCCUCAGUACCAAGAUCAGCACUCUUUGCACAUGGAGAUCAUCAGGACAUUCGGGAGGGUCGGACCUAAUGCAGAGCCGCGUUUCAGAGACGAGUUUGUGCUACCGCACCUUCAUAAGCUCGCACUGGCUAACAACAGCCAAGCGGUGGAAAGCAAGAGGAUCGACAUCGCAACCCAGCUGUUCGAGGCCUACAGUGCCCUCUCCUGUUGCUUCAUUUCCGAGGAGGUGAUGGUCAACCAUUUCCUGCCGGGUCUCAGGUGUCUUCGCGCCGAUAUGGAGCAACUCUCUCCAGAGCAUGAGGCAAUUCUCAGUUCUAUGAUCAAAGAGUGCGAAAUAAAGGUGGAAAACAGAGGGAUGUCAGACGCACAAGGCUCGAUGUCCAUCGCAUCCAGUUUGGUGGGAGAGGAUGCCAAAACCAAGUUCCUGAGCAAGAUGGGUCAGCUGACCACCUCUGGCGCCAUGCUGGCCAACGUCUUCCAGAGGAAGAAGUGAUCGCAACGCUGACUGAUCGGCUAUCGCAAUUAACUGACGAGCCCCUGCUGUCUUUGGGAAGCACUCUGUCUUACUGGGGGAAAAGCAUCGGUUCCGCUUAAAGUAGAAGAAAGUCUAGUGUAUAGUUUAAUCAGUUUUUAAGAACUGGGGGCUUGCUGAAGGCUGCAGGCUGCAGGACUAUGUGCUACUUAAUGGUGAACUGCAAUGAUUUUUUUUUUUUUUUUUUUUUUUUCGAUGCUUCCGAUGUUUUUUCCUCUAACUGAUUGUUGAUGAUGACGAAAGCAAAGGAUUUGCCUUCAUGAGUCAGUGUUAACAUUGUCAUUUACAGAGGGGGUUCAGAGGGGAUUCACGCAAAGUCAUAACACGGAACUUGACUUUUCUGGACCGGAAAGACAGAAUUUCGUUUCAUUUUCUGUGGAGUACUUCUCGUUUCAGGAGAGCUUCACCCCAUAACCUGGAAAGAAAACUCUGAGCGCGGCCAGCUGGGAUUUGUGUAGGAUUUUAAUGGGCGCCAUUGUGGAUCAAAAUGUUCUGCAACAGUUGCGUUAGCUUGUAAGUGAAAGGUUUGAACCACAGUGUGUCUGUACGGCUCAGAAGUAUCGCCUACUUGAAACUAUAAACAAUUGUCUUGCCUUUUUUUUUUUUCUUUCUUCAAAGUCUGUCUCCGGUUUUUGUUUUGAUAGCUUCUAUUUUAUAACUUAUUUAUGUCUUAAUGAAGGAAAAACAUACUUUAUUCCAACUUCCAAAGAAAUUUGCACUUCACUUUACAAUUUCGUUCUUUAUUAUAUAUAUAUUUUUUGUUUUGUUUUAAUUCAGAGUCUUAUACAUAAUGAUUAUCACUACUGUUAAUGAGUUUUCGUUUGUUUAUCCGUUUCGGAAAUGUGAAGUUGAAGAGAACACUGAUCAUAAUUAUUCCCUUUGUGUCCGUUGCAUUUUGUCUCCACGUGUUGCAGUGUCUCAGAUAAUGUACUUUUUUUCUAAAGUGGGAAUUUGGGUCUAUAUAUAUAUAUUAUUAUUAUUGUUUCUUUUUUUUUUCGGUUGUUCUUUUUGGAUAUGCUCUAAGCAAAACAGUAAAUAAUUGUAUCAUACACUGAACCGAAGAGGAUGGUACACACUAUGUAUAUUUGAAAUUCAUGUCAUGGUGUAAUAAAAGGUGGAGCUCA